CAGUUUGACAAACACUCUUCAUGAAUUAGCAAAAUUUAAUUAGUCAUUGCGUGGGUGUGUUACAGGAAAUUGCAAUGCUGCAUGUAGUCAAAAAUAACACAACUUCUACUUGUUGUUUAGAUCUACAAUUGUCUCAUUUCAGUGCACAACUUAGUCAGCUAACCAAUUUGACUAGAUAGCUACAUCAAAUGGCUUCUAAAGACUUCAAUACCUCAGCUGCUAAGGCUUUCCGUGAGCACUAUGACAAACUAGUGAAAUCCAUCCAAGAAGCAGACCUGCCUGUGUUGGGAGCUCAGUUCUUUAGUCGACAGAUAAUCUCCACGGAAACAAUGGAAAUGGUUGGAAAUGUGUCCACCUCGAGAGCUGUCAGGGUGUCCAAGUUGAUGCUAGCUGUGAUGACUCACCUGGACGUACAUCCAGACAAGUUUGAGAGUGCCUUGGAUGUCUUCAGAGAGGAGCUAGUUUAUGCUGAAUUCGCCAGUCUCAUUGCAUCGUCUGUUGGUAACAUUCUUACUGAUUCUCAACACUCCCCAACUGUGCUGACGGCCUCACCAAAAACAGCUAUUGGUAAAUACGCUGACUACCUGAAAAGAGUGUACCUUCGAUCAAAGCUCCCCGUCAAAGGAAAAUGGCCUCCUGCUCCCUGUAAGAAGAUCAUAAAGCUAGCUACUAUUGAAAUUGAAAAUAAUCGCUCACAUUUAGCAUUGUGUAAGCUAAAUAGGUCUGAGUCGAUUGAUGAGUACAUGCAAAACAAUAGCAUGGGUCCUAUUUCAAUGGAAGAGCUUUUAACCGAAAAAGACGGCUCGCAGUCAAAAACUGUAAUCGUUCAAGGGGUCCCAGGAAUAGGCAAGUCGACUUUUGCAUGGAAGUUUUGUAGAAAGUGGGCUAAAGGGAAGAUCUAUCAGCAGUAUGACCUGGUUGUUUUGUUGCGCAUGCGUGAUACAAGAGUGAGAGAAGCAACCAAACUCAGCAAUCUCUUCUUCUCAGAAAAUGCCGACUUUUCGAAUGAAGUAGCAAUGCUAGCAGUUUCUAAUGGUGGAAAACGCAUUCUCCUUUUGAUGGAAGGAAUAGACGAACUUCCUGCUUCUUGUUUAGCUGAUGGCAUGCCUCUUUCUAACUUGCUUCAAGGUGAUUCCCUUCCCCUAGUUACCAUCAUAGUAACCAGUAGACCCUGGGCUGUGCAGACACUAGAAGAAAAAUGUGGAGAUCAGAUUUCUCGACAGGUGGAAAUCUUGGGCUUCACAAGAGAAGACAUCUUGAGGUACAUUUCAUAUGCUUUCACUGAGGAGGGAAAAACAGAGUUCUUAGAGUACCUCCGCUCCCACCCUCAGCUGGAGUCCAUCAUGCACAUCCCACUGAAUGCUGCCUUUGUUGUUCAGAUCUACAAGCAAUUUCAUCGUUCUCAGCAAGCUAUCCCUAGCACCUUGACCCAGCUCUACACAGCUCUUGUUGAGGGUCUCUUGCUCCGCUAUAUCAAGUCCGUUCCUGAGUUUGAUAAUCUCAAGGUUAUCAGUGUUUCAAGCUUACCAGAACCAGUACAAACACAUUUCCAUCAACUUUGCCUACUAGCUUUCAUGAGCUUCACAAAGUUGACUGUUCAAGUCACAUUCACCGAUUCAGAAGCAGCUUUGUACGAGUGUUUUGAUUUCCUUGGUCUCAUGCAGUCCUCAACUGAACUUACCAUAAACACUAGUACCACUGUAUCACACAGCUUCCUCCAUUUCACAAUCCAGGAGUUCCUAGCAGCUUACCAUCUCUCAAAACAGCCGUCCCAAGUGCAGGAGUUGUUUUUGGAAGUUCACAGCAAAGAUCCUCAAUUUUCAAUGCUCAUCACAUUUCUAGUUGGAUUGAACAGCAGCGUUCUGCAUUGUAUUAAACUGCCUGAGUCAGAAACUCAAGAUCUGUCCACAUUUCACUUGCACUUGUUGUAUGAAACACAAUCCCCCAAGGAUGUAUGCAAGUUUUUAGGAAAUAAGACCUUUGUGAAUUAUUAUCCUAGCUUAACAAGUACAUCACUUGACCUACAUGCAUUAUCGUAUUGUCUUUCCUCCAGCAACUGUCAUUGGUCUUUAAGAAUCAGUCUGCGAAACUUUUCAUCACUCUUUUGCAAUCCAAUUGAAUCUUACAAGGGACAUAUAAGAAGACUGGCACUUCUCGAUGCCUCUGAGCGUAACCUUGAAUUGUUCUUUUUUCUUCCAAAACGUCUUUUCACAGACUUGUAUAGACUUGAAAUUAGAGGUUGUGAACCUGUUGAAUCUGUAGUUGGAGACAUCUUAAGUGACGGCCGGUUAAUGAACUUGAAACAAUUUUCUUUUCAGAAUAAGACUCUUCAAUUAUCUUGUGAUUUGAGCUUGAUAAUGGAAAGUCUGUUUGCGUCUCAUCCUAAUCUUGUUCACAUAGGAAUAGGACAUACUGUUAUAUCAUCCUCUGGUAUGGCUGGAUUAUGCAAAUACAUGAAUUCUCGCUCUGGUUCAUCUAAGCUUACAUUGUAUCUUCUACAAAACAGCAUUGAAACUGAAUUCCUUAAUUUGCUGAUUAGUACUGUUGCAUUUUCAAAGAUUCUUACUCAUUUGGAUAUUUCUUUUAACCGUCUCUCAGUAGAAGAAUUAGAAAUGCUAUCUGUUGCUCUUUCUGCCAAUUCAUCUUUGAUAACGUUAGGUAUGGAUAAUUGUUCAAUCAAUAGUGAAGGAGCUGAAUUACUAUCCACUGGACUGGAGGAGAAUCAAACUCUCCUCGGAUUGGAUCUUCGCCGAAAUCCCAUCAAUGUGAAUGGAGCUGCUGCCCUGGCUUCAAUGCUUACUGUGAACACUUCAUUACAAAUACUUUACCUUUCACACAACGAGCAAAUUGGUCAUAUGGGAGCUCUAAGACUGAUCAGUGCACUACAAGAUGACAACAAGACUCUUGCAACACUUCGCCUCCCUGCAGAAUGUGAACCAAUUGAAUACGGAUCGAUCUUGAUGGACGAUAUACGAAAAAGUGGUCGCAUAGAAUUCGUCGAGAAAACCAGCUCAGCAUCGAACACAAUAGCACACAAGUUUACACCAUUAGAGAUAUGGCCUUAUAAGUAGUUUCAUGCUGUAUGUAAUAGUGAACACUCGCACACACCAUUCACAUUGAUUUUGUAUUACAGUUUAAUGAUAUUUACCACUUAGUCAUUUAUG